AUGUCUUAUCACCAGGUCUCAGCCAACUCGCUCCAGCCAACAAGACCAGCACCCCAGGCACCGCAAAGACGAAACGACGCACAACCGCUGUACUCGUCGAACAACCUGCUCUCCAGCUCUGGAUACAACCCUUCUUUCGCCUACUCGUCAUCAACGCCCAUAAACCAGAACUAUUCACAGUCGUACUCUGGGAUCGGUGGAACACCAAAUCGUGGCGCAGACGAUACCAUGAACCAGCAGAUUGUGCGGAACGGGAGUGUGAGUAUGAAGGAGGAUGGAUUUGGCAACUGGCUAUGGCAGAGAAAGUGGUUGAUCCUGAGGGAGCAGGCCCUGACAAUACACAAGAACGAAAAUUCACCGCACCAAACCAUGAUUCUCCUUCGCGACAUCUCCAACAUUGAGCGCACUGAUUUGAAGCCAUAUUGCCUGCUACUCGAGACCAAAGACAAGCGAUAUUUCCUUUCUUUGAAGAACGAUGAGGAGCUUUAUGGUUGGCAAGACGAUGUGUAUUCGCGAAGCCCGCUGAUGGGCUUCAGCAACCCGACGAAUUUCGUCCACAAGGUCCACGUCGGUUUCGAUCCUGUUUCAGGUGCCUUCACGGGUCUGCCCGAACAAUGGAGCAAGCUGCUGACCAAAUCUGCAAUCACUCGCGAGGAUUAUGCCAAGGAUCCCCAAGCGGUGUUGGAUGUCCUAGAGUUCUAUACGGAUCGCCAAAAGCAGGAACUGGAAGAUCUCUCAAUAGGUGCUCCUCCCCGCUUCAACGCUGGGACCGGCCUGGGAGGCCUUGGGAAGCAACCGGGCCCCGCUGAAAUCCGCCCACUGCCCAAGCGCAACGAGACCUCACCGCCUGGCCUUACUGGCACGGAUAGCGAUAACCUUUCCAGCGCGGCCGCUCGUGCAGCUGAACACGUCAACGGAUCUCAUGUCGCGAACGCCAUCUCCUCUGUGCAAGGUCCCCGAGGCCCUCUGCCUGUCCCCACCCUUCCUCAAGCCACCCGCGCAGCACCACCCCGUCCCAUCGCGGCCUCUCGGCCACCUCCCCAGCCUCCCAAGGAUGUCACUCCAUCCACCGACGAUCUCCGCAAUCGCGUGAAGCCGCAAGGCCCCGUCCCUCUCCCCGUCCGCAACGAUUCCCUCCCUACUGCCCCUGGAAUCCAUCAAUCCGCCAGCCAGAGAAGCCAGCAAGAGCAACGCGAGCGCCAGCAGCAGCAGGAGCAGCGUCGGCUGGAGCAACGCGAGAGAGAGCGAGAGCAGCGUGAACGUGAGCGCGAGCGCGAGCGAGAGAGAGAGGAAAGAGAGGCGUAUAGGGCUCAGCAAGAGCGACCCCCUCUCGCGCCUUCCAAGUCUGCUCCUGGGACUGCUCAGCCGGCGACGCAGCCUGCUACAGGCCCCGCUGGUGCCCUUGAGGGACCACCGCCGGUUCUUCCCCUCCAGCCCAAGAAAGUGCAGAUCCAAGCGGCUGAUAAGCCAGCGAAACCUGCCGGCGGUGUUGCUGCUGCCGCUGCGGCAUUGGAGAAGCCCAAGGAGAAGAGGAUCAGUACCAUGACUGAGGUUCAGAUCAUGGAGAAACUGCGUCAAGUGGUAUCAGACGAGGACCCCAAGCUUAUCUACAGCAAGAUUAAGAAAGUCGGACAAGGCGCGUCUGGCCACGUCUAUGUUGCGAAGGAGCUUGCCACCGGAAAGAAGGUUGCGAUCAAGGAGAUGGAUCUCUCACACCAGCCGCGUAAAGAGCUCAUCGUCAAUGAGAUCUUGGUGAUGAAGGAGUCGCAGCAUCCUAACAUUGUCAACUUCUUGAACUCGUAUCUCGUGAAGAACAAUGAGCUAUGGGUGGUCAUGGAGUACAUGGAGGGAGGUGCGUUGACGGAUGUUAUUGAGAAUAACACGUUGGAGGAAGAUCAGAUCUCGAGUAUCUGCUUGGAGACUUGCAAGGGUUUGCAACAUCUGCAUAGCCAGAGCAUCAUUCACCGUGACAUCAAGUCCGACAACGUCCUUCUCGAUGCUCAGGGUCGGGUCAAGAUCACUGACUUUGGCUUCUGCGCCAAACUAACGGACCAGAAGUCGAAGCGGGCGACCAUGGUUGGUACUCCCUACUGGAUGGCUCCCGAAGUCGUCAAGCAGAAGGAGUACGGUGCCAAGGUCGAUAUUUGGUCGCUUGGUAUCAUGGCGAUUGAGAUGAUUGAGAACGAGCCUCCCUAUCUCGACGAAGAACCUCUCAAGGCGCUGUAUCUGAUCGCUACCAACGGAACUCCCACUCUGAAGAAGCCUGAGGCUCUGAGCAAGGAGCUCAAGAGCUUCUUGGCGGUGUGUCUCUGCGUGGAUGUUGCUAGUCGGGCGACUGCCAUUGAACUUUUGGAUCACGAGUUCUUGAAAAAGGCGUGCCAAUUGUCCGGGCUAGCUCCACUUUUGCGCUUCAAGACCAAGCAAGCGUCCUAAACGCUUGUGUUGGUCGUUUAUGAUUGAUUGAUUCGUUCUUUCUUCGUCUAUCUGUGUUUCUUCUUAUAGUUGUUUGUUUGUUUUUGUUCCACCCAUAUACCGAUAUUCAAGAUUUAAGGAUACGACCUCCCUCACCAUGAACUAUCCCCCCUAAUGCUUCGUCGUCUUUCUGUCUUGUUUCUUUAAACCUCAUGUGUGCCCUUCAUUCUACCGUUGCCUGGAAUUUACAUGUUUCACUCGGUGCCCCCCUUUUUCGACGUUGUCUCCUUUUAAGCAGGUGCUUUCUGUAAAUUCUUCUUCUCUAUCUUUCCCUUCCUCCUUCCUUUUGCACAUUUUGUUCUUUUACAAUUACGAGAUCCCUUUUUUUUGUCUUUUAUUAUUACCCCCCUCUUGUCUGUUUGUUUGCUACACCCUCCAUGUAUUUGUUGCCGAAUGUGUAACCUCUUUUUUUCGCCUGUUUCUU